AUGAACAAACUAUAUGUUGGGAAUUUAAGUCCUUCGGUCACUGUCGAGGACUUGAAGCAGCUCUUUGGGGAGAGGAAGCUGCCAGUGGCCGACCAGGUCCUACUGAAAUCCGGCUAUGCUUUUGUGGACUUCCCCGAUCAGAACUCGGCCAUAAAGGCUAUAGAGACUCUUUCUGGUAAAGUUGAAUUACACGGAAAGGUGAUAGAGGUAGACUACUCUGUUCCCAAAAAACUAAGGAGUCGGAAGAUCCAGAUCCGGAACAUUCCCCCUCAUCUACAGUGGGAGGUUUUGGAUGGCCUUCUAGCUCAGUAUGGUACUGUAGAAAACGUGGAACAAGUGAACACUGACACAGAAACAGCAGUGGUGAAUGUUACGUACGCAACCAAGGAGGAAGCUAAAGUAGCCAUUGAGAAGUUGACAGGACACCAGUUCGACGACUGCUCCUUUAAGGUGUCAUAUAUAAUGGACAUGGAUGCUGCUCCACCCGUCCAGGCUGCCCGCACACGGCGCGGGGGCCGAUCGUCCCGGGACCAGGGCGCCUCUCAGCCAGGGCCCUCGGGAGGCUUCGGCGCUCCACGCCCUAGACAGCACGACUUCCCCCUGCGCAUGCUCGUGCCUACUCAGUUUGUGGGAGCCAUCAUUGGCAAGGAGGGUCUCACCAUCAAGAAUGUCACCAAACAGACACAGUCCAAGGUGGACAUCCAUCGGAAGGAAAAUGCAGGUGCAGCAGAAAAGCCCAUCACCAUCCACUCAACACCCGAGGGCUGCUCCUCCGCCUGUCGUAUGAUCCUGGACAUCAUGCAGAAGGAGGCCAACGAGACCAAGACGACGGAGGACAUCCCUCUGAAAAUCCUCGCCCACAACAGCCUGGUUGGUCGGCUGAUUGGGAAGGAGGGCCGCAACCUGAAGAAAAUCGAAGAGGAGACAGGGACCAAGAUAACCAUCUCCUCGUUACAAGACUUAACCAUUUACAACCCUGAAAGGACCAUCACGGUGAAGGGCAUCUUGGAUGCGUGUUGUAAAGCUGAGGUAGAGAUCAUGAAGAAACUGAGGGAAGCCUACGAGAAUGACAUUGCUGCUAUAAACCAACAGGCCAACCUGAUCCCAGGCUUGAACUUGAACGCUCUGGGCAUCUUCUCCUCUGGUCUCCCGGUGCUGCCCCCUGCUGCUGGACCACGCGGUGCAGUGCCCCCUGUUGCACCAGCAGGAUACAACCCAUUCUUAAGUCACUCUUCACAUCUCAGUGGCCUGUACGGGGUUCCUCCAGCAAGUGCCAUCACCCACCAGCACUCACAACAGGCUCCAGAACAGGAGGUUGUCUACCUCUUUAUUCCAACUCAGGCAGUCGGGGCCCUGAUCGGCAAGAAGGGCCAGCACAUCAAACAACUCGCCCACUUCGCUGGAGCUUCCAUCAAGAUUGCCCCAGCUGAGAGCCCAGACGUUACUGAGAGGAUGGUUAUCAUUACUGGAACUCCAGAGGCUCAGUUUAAGGCCCAAGGUCGGAUAUUUGGGAAGCUGAAAGAGGAGAACUUCUUCUCAGCGAAAGAGGAGGUCAAACUGGAGACGCACAUCAAGGUUCCCUCAACUGCAGCUGGCAGGGUCAUUGGUAAAGGAGGCAAGACGGUAAACGAGCUCCAGAACCUUACGAGUGCAGAGGUCAUCGUACCGCGGGACCAAACUCCAGACGAGAAUGACGAGGUCUUUGUGAAAAUCAGUGGGCAUUUCUUUGCCAGCCAGACUGCACAGAGGAAGAUCCGGGAGAUCAUACAGCAGGUCAAACAGCAGGAACAGAAACACCAGCAGGGCGCCGCCGUGUCACCGCACCACUCCAAGUGACCAGCAGGGCGGCUUCAGUGGGCGCCAGCCAAUGAAUGUAGCCCUCCAAAACAGACAGAGACCUACCCAGACAAAGGCGAAGGCCAAGGGGGACAUGCAGGGCAGACCAGCAGCACCGGGAUCAAAACCAAAGAACUUUACUAGGGGGGAGACAAGUGAGAGCCAAAGGCUGAGGGCAUUGUGUGCACUGCCAGCCCUGUGAGAGCAGAUAGAGUGGGAGAAACCGUACUGAUAUAAUACGACAAAAAAAGACCAAAAAAAUCUAUAGGAAAGAUGGAAAUGGCAGAGAAUUGGGAACUGUUGUCUUCACAGUCAAAAAAAAAAGGUAAACAGGAAAUAGUAUGUCGCCCUGCAUAACGUUAUCUCUUUAGUUGGACUAACAUAGGCCUAACAAAUGGAUAAAGCAACUGUAUUAACAUGAGCAUAUACAAGGCAUUGUGAUUGAUAUUUUGGGUUAGAAUGAGAGCGAGUGACAAUGGACCUUCUCUUACAAGAGUUUGAGAUGAGAUUAAAUAUCCUUAGCAGUAUUAAUACAGAGUAGAAAAGUAUAUUGAUACACACUGAGAGUAUGCACUGUUAUUUUUCUACCAAAAUGACAGUACGACUUGGUGUAGUUUUUAAUAUUUUGCUUGUUCCUGACAUUGAUCGGGCUGUGACAGCCACACAAAGCAGUUCCCCUUGUUUGUUCACACUUUAGGCCACUGAAAUCAAAAAAGAAAUCCCCUAUAAGUAAAUAUGGUGAAUGGUUCUGAGUCUUUGUAACAAGCCUGUGUGUGUGCCAACGCAAAAGAUAACGUCCCUUUGAAAUGUCUCUCACCAUUCAUAUCUGAUGCUACACUUAUUUCUUUUUA